UUCUCCUGUGCGUGUGCUCAGCGGGAGGUAUUUCAGGUAACUUUUUCUUUCUCUCCCAGGUAAUCUGGAGCAGCAAUUUGCGUUACCCCCUGGGCGGCCGUAAGGUUGUCUUUCCUGCCAAGUUGACGAAGUAGGAUGUAGUCCGGAACAAUGGAGAGAGAGGAAGGGAGAGAGAGAAACAUCGAUGUGAGAGAGAAACAUCAAUUGCUUGCUUCCCCUAUGCUCCUGGGGCAGGGAUCGGAUGCACUUGGACCAGAGGUCAGACAUGCCUGGACCCCGGACCAGAUCCAGAACCGAGCUCACAAGUCAAAAUGCAACUGGGUGACUUAUGCACUCAUCGUUUUUAUUAUUAUUCCAAUAUCCUUUAUAAUAAUAGUAAUCAUGGUAGUACCUUCAAGAAACUCCCAAACUAUAAUAAAUCCCCAAACUAUAAAAUGUCCGGGAAAAUGGAUUGAAGUAAGAUCUAAGUGUUUCUAUUUUUCUGAUGGUACCAGAAACUGGACAGCCAGUAAAACAUUUUGCAGGUCACAAAGAUCAGAACUUGCUCAGAUUGACACACGUCAAGAUCUGGAAUUUUUGAAAAAGUACACAGGAACAUUUAUGCACUGGAUUGGGCUGAGCAGAAAAGAAGGAGAGCCUUGGAAAUGGACAAAUGGCAAAAUAUUCAACCCCUGGUUUGAAAUUAGUGGGAAUGGAUAUUUUGCUUUUCUGAGUGCUGAUGGAGUCAAUAGUUCCAGGGGGUUUGAUGACAUGAAGUGGAUUUGCAGCAAACCUCAAAUAAAAGUUCUGGAAGCUAUGGCACAAAGUAUAUCCUUCUAUGACCUACCGGGGCCAGAAAAUGCUGUCAGCAGCCAAGAGACUGGUGCAAAUAUGCAAGAGAAAGAGAAAAGGGGAGACAGAGAGAAACAUCAACAUGAGAUAAACAUCAGUGGGUUGCUCCCCACAGGCACCACAACAGGGAAUCAAACCUGCAACCCAAAUGUUGUCAAGAAGACUGCACUAUCUGUAUUAUUUAUAAUACCAUGUAUUGCUUUAGUUGUUGUAUUAACUUUUCUAUAUCAAUGUAAUCAGUGUGUUUGCCCAGAUGAAUGGAUUGGUUUUCAAGAUAAUUGCCAUUAUUUCUCUAAUGAUGAAAAGAAUUGGACUUCAAGUAGAAAUUACUGUCUCACUAAACAUGCUGAUCUAACUGUGGUCGACAACACUACACAUGUGAUGGGUUUUCUAAGACGAUUCAAAGGCACUUCUGAUCACUGGAUUGGUUUGGAGAUGGAAGGAAAUCAAAAGGGAAAAUGGGUAAAUGGAACAACACUUAACGAAUCAUUUAUAGUGAGUGGAAAUGAAACAUGUGCUUACCUCAAUGAUGAUGGCGUAGCAACAGCUAGAUGCUACACAGAAAGAAAAUUCAUUUGCAGAAAGGAAAAAGGCACUAGGUGGAAGAAUUGUCCCCUGGAGCCAUUUGGAAGAACAUAGACCAGCAGACAACUUGAUCUGGGUCUUCUAGGUUCCAGAAAUACGGACAAUAAAUUUCUAUUUUUAAUUA